GGAUUCGCCAGCUGAUCAAGUCUUGAUGGCUACCCCGCCAACGCAACUGAUUAAACUGGCUGUGGAUAAGAGAAUGCUGUUCCUUGUGAAAGGGGUGCUAGUCGCUGUGAUUGUCACUGCUGCCAUCAGAUUCAUAUUUUUGCCACUUGGACAAUUUAUUCUGGACACCAUCUUCCACGUUGCGAAUCUCCCGUAUGUCUUUGGAAGCCUGCAAAUGAACCACCCUCGCAUGCUUUCCCUGUCAGCCGCCCCUCAUCCCUUUCAGUGCAAUGAUGUUGCCAACUAUUUUGAAGGUUCUGUUGUGCCCCACAUCGAUACCUUUCUACCUCCCAAGGCUACGAAGAUGACUACUGGCCUAUUUUGUGACCUGGUCUGUAAAGUGUACAUGGCACUUGCCAGUCUCGUGCCGCUGCUGUGGUGGAUAGGUGUGUCGCCAGGAUACGUCAAGCAAUGGAUCGGCCAGCAGUGCUUGGCCUCGAGGGCUAGUUUUUCCACUCUAGGGAGUGCAGUUACGUUUUUCAUGAAAGCCAGAAUCUCCCCAAUUUGUCACACAGCGAU